ACUAGUGUCAUUGAAUCGUUCUUUAUUUUAUUUUAGGACCGGCGAAGAGGCCGCGAGAGUCAAAGAACGAAGUUUUAUGUGUUUACUUUUCUCGGAAUCUUGCCUUAUGCAGCCUCGAUUAUAUCGUGUCUCUGAGGUCUUAUGACCGGCUCCGGUGCGGGUCCAUCGAUCGCGUCGCGCCGGCCGGGUCGCGGCGCCGGCGGCGGCCGUCGGCAGUGGCUCGGUGGCCAGCGAGGCGGCCCGAUGCCUGGCCUGGUGGCGUUCCGGCGCCGCUGGAGUAUCGGCAGUGAUGACCUGGCCGUGCCCGGCGCCUUCUUCUUUCUGCUGCACGCCAUCUGGCUGACGGUGCUUUCUGUGGCGCUGGCCGUGUCCGACCUGAGCUCGGAGGUGCCCUGUCAGAGCCAGCUGUGGGAGUACAUCCUCGGCUACCUCAUCAUCCUCAGCGGAUGUCUCCUGCUGGAGGCGUGCAUUGUCGGCGUCAGCAUGCGCGGCUCCAUCCUGGAGACGGCGCCACGCGAGGCCACGCAGUACCUCAUCUACAUCCGACUCGGUGUGAUGGUGGUCGAGAUGGCCUGGCUGGUGGUGGGUGUCAUCUGGCUGGUCAAGUACUACCACUCGUGUCAGGCGCCCACCGCCAAGGAGGCUCUCAUAGGCGCCGUCAUCUGUAACUGGAUCUCCGUCACGAGCGCCUUUAUCAUGGUGUGGUGUACGUUCGACCCUGCCGGCCGGUCUUGGGUCAAAAUGAAAAACUACCAGCGCACGAUGAAGGACGGCCAGAAAAAGUAUCAGUACAAACGGUCCGGCAGCCAUCACAGAAACUGGCGGCAACGGAAGGUGCUGCGGGCCUACCGCGACUCGUGGGAUAACCGGUGUCGGAUGCUCUUCUGCUGUAUGGACCGGUCGGACCGAAACCAGAACUCGUUCGCCGAUAUCGCUCAGCUUCUGUCCGAGUUCUUCCGCGACCUGGACGUAGUGCCCUCGGACAUCAUCGCCGGCCUGGUGCUGCUGCGGCGCGUCCAGAAACUCGAGAGGAACAACAUCGUCAAAUCGAACUCGAAUGACACAUACGAGUUUCUGUCGGGUGUGAAGGUGACGCCGGCCUCGACGUUCCUGGCGCUGAACCAGCCCGACCAGUUGGCCUUCUUCAAGGACGUCAUCCACUACAUGAGGCUGGCCAUGUCCAUCUACGGCUGGCCUGUGUUCAUGAUGCAGCACUCCAGCACGGGCUGCUGCCGGCUCUGCCCCUACCUCAAGGGCGGCUGUCGGCGGCCGGCCACCACGGCCGAGGUGGUCGAGGACAACUGCUGCCUCUGUAACACAGCGGCCACCCAACGGAUGGCGCCGCUGGACGAGCUCGAACUGGUGUACGUCACAUACCACGUGGACGUCGGCGAGACGCCGUUCAUGGUGGCCGUGGAUCACCAGAGGUGUACGGUGAUCGUCUGCAUCCGAGGAACAAUGUCCACCAAGGACGUGGUGACAGACCUCGAGUGUGAGGGCGAGCCGAUUCCGACCACGCCUCUGCGGGACGACUGGCUCGGACACAGGGGUAUGGUGCAGACGGCCCGCUACAUCCGCGACAAGCUGGCCUCUGAGCGGCUGCUGGAGCGCGCCUUCUCGCGGGCGGCGGCCGGCGCGGGGGCGGGGGCGGCCGGCUACCGGCUGGUGCUGGUGGGCCACUCGCUGGGCGCCGGCACGGCCGCUAUCCUGGCCAUCCUGCUGCGCGACCAGUACCCGGAGCUGCGCUGCUUCGCCUACUCGCCGCCCGGCGGACUGCUCAGUAUGCCGGCAGUGGAGUACACGAAGGAGUUCAUCACGUCUGUGGUGGUGGGGAAGGACGUGGUGCCGCGCAUCGGACUGCACCAGCUGGAGCAGCUGCGCUCCGACCUGAUGGACGUCAUCAAACACAGCAAACAGUCCAAGUGGCGUGUGAUCGGCGGCGGUAUGUCGUGCUGCGGCUGCUGCUGCUCCUCCGAGGAGGCCUCCUCGGCCGCCUGCGGUGACCUGGUGCAGCGGCGGCUGGCCGGCCGGCAGCUCUCCGCCGCUCACCCGAGCGACUCGACCAUCGCGCUCACCGUGCACCAGCCGCUCUACCCUCCCGGCCGGGUGAUGCACAUUGUGCGGCACCACCCCGAGCAUCACGGCGGUGACAAAAAGGUGCGCCGCGGCGAGCCGGUGUACCAGGCCAUCUGGGUGGAAAACGAUUCGUUUGACGAGGUGCUCAUCUCGCCGGUGAUGAUCCAGGACCACAUGCCGGACAAGGUGCUGCAGGCACUCCAGAAGGUCCUGAGCUGCGUGGGUCCGGCCAAGCCGGUCCGGUCGGGGGCCAGCCAUCUGCGCGGCGCCUCUGAGGAGCGGCGGCCGCUGGUGUCGUCUCCGCUGCUGGCUGCCGCCCCCGCCCCCGCCGCCGCCCCGGCCACCGUCAGCCAGCGCCGGCUGCAGCUGGAGACCAGUUUCGACUGCGAGUUCGCGACGCCGCCGCCGCCGCCGCCGCCGCCUCCGUUCGAGGACACGGUGUCAGUGAGCACCCUGCAGCUGGUGUGGACGGGUCGGCGGCCGUGUCCGCCCACUCCGCCCAUCAGCGGCUGGCCGGGCCGCGCGGGCCAGCCGGCGCCGCUCGCCUCUCCGGACACUGUGAGCGAGGCGUCCAGCUCCGGCGGCGGCAGCCUGCUGCGGGAAGUGCUGCGCGCCGCCGCGCUGCCGCGGCGCCGACCCCUCUCCGUCAUCAGCCAGUCGCCGGGCGCUGACGAGCCGAGCGGCAGCGGCGGCGGCGGCGGCUGGUCGGAGGCGACCACCCCCGAGGAGCCGCGGGACACCCUGCUGCCCCUCGAGGCAGUACCACCGGUCGGAAAACAGCGGCCGCCACAGCCGUCCGGCGACUCGGGCUUCGUCAACGGUGGCUCGUCGGCCAGCGAGCCGUGGUUUGUGACGCCGCGCACCUCGGGCGCCGCCCACUUUGUGUUCCCCGGCGAGCCGGGAGCGGACUGCGAGGUGUUCCUGCCGGGGGAGGCGCCCGGCCGGCCGGCACCCUCGGCCGUCUGAGACAGACCGGCCGCCGCGGCCACUGCGGCACGUGCAAUCCGCCCAACCAGGCGACCAAUAUGCGCUUCAACUUCGACCAAAGAGUGAGGGUGAGUGAGCGAGAGAGGUGUGUGAGGGGUGAGUGAUCUGAGCGAGAGAGCGCUGGGGUAGGGAGGGAGGGGCGGACGUGGCCCGGCAGGUUCUGUUGUACCUUGUCCUUUGUACUCGCGUGGUGAGCAGAGCACCCCCGUGUCGGGGGACGGACUCGGCUUUGCUCGGUACUCUGGGCAGUCGCGUCUCCGGGUCAGCGGCGUCCGGCGGCCGCCACCUGCCAGUCAGUCAUAUCUCCUUUUCAACUCAGUCCGCGCCGGCGUGUCUGUGCUGACGUCACCGCCGGUAUGACGUCACCCAUCGACUGUGUCUCAUCAUGACAAUGCGUGCGUGUGCUAGCGAUCGUGCGCUGUUGCGAAUGCCGGCGUGACUCGGCAGCCGCGCAGUGCAUUUUCCACUAUUCAAUGGUAUGAGUGUGUUUGUACUUGCCGCAGCCACCAGUGUGUAUUUAUUUCGGGAGGGGAGGGUCGUGUGUCCUGUGGGGUUACUGCUGAGACUGAGUGUCACACUUGGUCGGAGGGAGGGACAGAGGGAGGGAACCUGUGCCAAAACUCAGAGCUCUCUGGGCCGGCGGUGGGUCUCGGCUUGUUGGCCGGUCGGUAAGGGGACUGAGUCGCGAGUUAUAGCGAUUCUAUCUCCCCGUCAAACCAGAGGACCGGGCCCUCCAGCGGACCGCCGCCGGGCCGCAAACCUUCCGCCAUGACAGUGCGUACCAAAUAAACUAUUUACACAAACG